AGUUAUGCAAAUUUGCAUUAUCGCAUUGACUUACAAGCGCGUAUUGCAAAAAAUCAAUUGAAAUCCUAUGUUUUUUUACACAUAUUACUUUUAUUCAUAUAUCUUUUGCUUAUAGUCGGAGAUUUAACUUCUCUCUCUUUCGAUAUUUGCCAAUUAAUAAUUCCUCUCUUUGGCGUGUGAUUUUCAAUUGACAAAUUCAAACUGAUUCCACUUCUAAAGAGACAGCAGGAAGAGUAAGCCAAGAGGGAGUGGAACUAGAAGUCAGGAUUGUAGAGACAGACGGAAAAAACAUAGUGACAAAAUUACAUCCUCAAUAAGUAUGAAAAUGUGGGCCUUAAGGGCCAGUGUUCUCCUUGGAUUCCUCGCGCUAGUGUCAGCAGCUGGUCCAGUUCGGCCAGGCACAGGUAAUCCAUCACCACGACUCCCAAGAACCAGUGCAAGUCAACUUCUGCACGCCAACUCGACGGGAUUUAAAGCACCACCGCAGGCCAAGAACAACACGAGGCAAGCGCUGAGAACAAGGGAGCAGCAACUUCUCAACGUGUUUGAAGUCGUGGUGUCAACACUUGAGGGAAAAUUGCAGCGAAUCGACAAUCUGGACAAAGCGGUUGAACAUCUAAUGAGACGAGUUGAGGCGCUCGAUAGUCGUGUUGCGGACAACAUUCACAAGAAUGACGUUGUCAUUUCGAAAUUACUCUCCCUGGACAAUCGAUUGGCCUUUGACGGCAAGACAGGCGAAACUCCACCCGCCAAGGGGAGCGCAUUGGACACACGCUUGCUGCUGCUGGAUCAGAAGCUCCUCGAGAUCGACAGCAAGCUUGAAGUGCUGAAGAAUCAAAUAGACUCCAAUUUCCUACCAGUGGACGAUAUCAAUGCCGAGGCGAGCGAAAAGAAGCCCAUCAGCAUGAAUGUGAUUGAAAUAACAAAAUCAAUGAAUGCCGAAGUUAUUCAGCACGUGUCCAAGGAAUUGGAUCAAUUGCGCACCUCCACCGAGUCCAUUGACAAGAAAUUGCAAUUCCACAUUAAUAUCGCCUCAGAGAAUUUGGGCAAAAUGCUGAGACAACUCAAUGAUAUCCACGAAGCUGUUGUCGAUCAGCAGGAACUCCCAAUGCCACUCUUCAACACAACCACCACAACUGCCCCACCACCGCUGGUAAAAGCCAGCAAAAUCGACGUUCUCGUGCGCCAAAUGCGCCCAAUUAUGACCGUGUCAGAGAAGAUGGACGAAGUGUGGGACGUUGUUGUGGGCACAAAGAGCUCAGUGGAUGAUCUCGUGCCAAAAUCUGAUGCUCUCCUCACAAAUACACAGCGUCAGGAGCGUGCCAUAGGUGAAAUUCAUCAGGAUUUGCGGGCCAAGACGAAUCUCAUCAUUGAAAAUCUCGAUAUGGUCGAGAAGAGAUUGAAGAAGCAAGAGGACGAUGUUGCCGUGCUGGCACAGAGACCCGUUCCAGCUGAACUCCUCAUGGAUCCCACAAUUGAUCGUCUCGUUGAAUACGAUCCUAAUCGGUACUCCGUCGUGGAAGACUUCACAGAAGCUUUACCAACAACGACAUAUCCUUCAGCCAGCACGUCAACCACACAACGAACGACAACGCAAUCAACAACAACACAGAGCUCACCGAGCAUCACUGUGAACACGGUGAACUCAGUGUCAAAUUCAUCGACCACCUCCAAACCACUGUCACGAAAAGGUGGAAUAAUAUUCCCAAGUGUUAAGAACAAACCAUCUGUGGUAACCACCUUUACUACCGAUAUCUUGAGCUUUAAGGAUGUCAAGGGUUUCUCAUGCGUGGACCUACUUAAUGCUGGAAUGCGACAAUCUGGAGUUUAUUAUUUGCAAAUUCGUGGCACAACAUAUUGGUUCCUAAAAGUGUUCUGCGAGCAAGAGAUCGGCGAUGGCGGAUGGACGGUAAUUCAGCGGCGUGACGACUUUGGCGAACCCCGCGAGAACUUCAAUCGCGAUUGGGCGGAUUACAAGAAUGGCUUUGGCGAUCCAUCAAAGGAAUUCUGGUUGGGCAAUGAAAACAUCUACAUGCUGACAAACAAUGAAGAUUACGCUCUGCGUGUGGAAUUGGAGGACUUUGAGGGAAACAAGAGAUACGCGCAAUAUUCACACUUCAAGAUUCACUCAGAAGCUGAUUACUACAAACUCGAGAUUGACGGAUACGAAGGCAAUGCCGGUGAUUCACUGAACGAUCCGUGGUACGGAUCCAAUAAUAGUCCAUUCUCCACAUACAAUCGUGACAAUGAUAGAAGUUCCCUGAACUGCGCAAGUAUGCUCAAGGGCGGCUGGUGGUGGAAGUCCUGCGGCCGAGGCCUCAACGGUCUGUAUCUGCACGAUCCGCAAGACUUGACGGCGCGACAGGGAAUCGUGUGGUUCCGCUGGCGCGGCUGGGAUUACACCCUGAAGAAGGCCACAAUGAUGAUCCGACCCAGGCCUCAACUCACGACGUCGUAAGCGGGCGGCGAAGGAGUGUUUUUUAGGUGAACAAAAUGCACAAAAGAACUAACUCUUAUUUAAUGAAAAGUUGUAAACUUGUCUCAUUUUCUCUCAAACUGUGUGCAAAAUUCCUUUCGAGCACAAAAACUCUUCCCAUGAUCCUCCGAUCGGAAUCCCUUUUCUCUCUCUCUCUCUCUUUGUUUGCAGAAGAAGAAAAGGGAAACGCCAACGGAGAGGAGGAAGAGAUGGAAAUUUAGUUGAUAUUCAAAUGGUUUUGAGUGCAAUUGAAGGAUAUAAAGAAGUAUAAAAACAAUCAACGAAGAAUACUCCAACUUAUUAAUUAGAUGAUGGAUUUUUUUUUCUCUCCCCUUUCGAGGAGAGAAAAAUGUGUGUAAAAGAACAAGGCAAAAGAAAAGUUGCAAACAAAAACGAGCACAAAAAAGGGAUUCUGUGGAUUUCAGUAUUUUUUUUCUUAUCUUCAUAAUUAUUUCAACUCCUUAUUUUCUCUUCUUUCAAACUAAUUCGUGUGUCAUCAUUUCAUUCGAUUUCAUAAGUGUUUUUUUUUAUAUUGUUUUUAAUAAAUUAUUUACUCAUGUUGACCCAUUUUAUUAUCACAACUUCAUUCAAAGCAAAUCGCGCGAUGCAAGACAAAAAAAAACACCAUUUCCACUCGUCUGUAAAAUCUCUUUUAGAAAUUUUUUUAUAUAAUCUAUAAUUAUUUUGUCAUCCCAGUUGAAGAAGCGAGAGGAAUGAAAUGUAGGAGGUGGAGUUUUUUAAGAUCAAGAACAAGCGAAGAAAAUAGAAGAUAAAUUGUUGACAAAUUGAAGGAAAAAAAAAACUUGCCGAUUUAUUGUAACCAAUUUCUUUUUAAGAAUGUAGCAAUAAAAAUUAUACUGUAAAUAUCGUUGUAUGAAGUAGUUAUAAAUGUCUAUUUUGUAUGAAAAUUGUAGUUAAAGAUCAUUAUAAA